CACAGUGUUGGAACGGUGGAGAAUUUUUCGUUUCGUUGUAACAGUGAACGGUGAGACGAUCCACAGUUACAACUUCAUUGUAGAAGACGUGAAGAUUUUUUCGGUGUUCAUUGUUAGCUUCAAAGUACAAUAAUGCCACGUAGAAACACUAAACGACUUAUCAAGUUCGUAGGCAUUGUCACCUUAGUGCUUCUUUUAGGUACUUUUGUGUUGAAAACACUGCUACUUUCCCAUCCACUUGCAAGUCCAGAUGGAGAAAUUUUGAGCGGUGGCAGUAUAAUGCCACGCCCACCUGGAGAUUUAAAAAGGACAAAGAAGGAAAACAACCCCUUGAAAAUAGACUGGCACAAUUACACCCAAAUAGCUGAAGAUGAUACAAGGAAGGGACCAGGAGAACAAGGAAUAGCGUUCUACCUGCCACCUGGCAUGGAACAACAGAAGGAUCAACUUUACAAAGUCAACGGGUUUAACGCUCUGGUCAGUGAUUACAUUGCCCUCAACCGCUCCUUACCGGACAUUAGACACCCAGGGUGUAAAAGUAAAAUAUAUUUCUCCAAACUACCGACAGCUAGUGUUGUAGUUCCUUUUCAUAAUGAACACUGGACAACCUUACUACGUACUGUCACCAGUGUAUUAAAUCGCUCACCACCUGGUCUAGUCAAAGAAGUCAUUUUGGUUGAUGAUUUUAGCAGCAAAGAGGAACUUAAAACAGCCCUUGAAGACUAUAUCAAAAAACACUUUAACAAUGUUCGUGUGAUUAGAGCCAAAAGGCGAGAAGGUCUUAUUCGAGCUCGUUUGAUUGGUGCCCAUGAAGCAACAGGAGAUGUAGUAAUAUUCUUGGACUCCCACACAGAAGCUAAUGUCAAUUGGCUGCCACCACUCUUAGAACCAAUAGCUCAAGACCAUCAUACUGUGGUUUGUCCUUUUAUAGAUGUUGUUGAUUUUGAAACCUUUGCCUACCGAGCUCAGGAUGAGGGGGCUCGGGGCUCUUUUGAUUGGGAACUUUAUUACAAACGCCUACCAUUAUUGCCAGAAGACUUACAACAUCCAACUGAGCCUUUUAGAAGUCCUGUUAUGGCAGGGGGAUUGUUUGCCAUUGACAGAGAAUUCUUUUGGAAAUUAGGAGGAUAUGAUGAGGGACUGGAUGUGUGGGGUGGUGAACAGUAUGACUUGUCUUUUAAGAUCUGGCAGUGUGGUGGACAAAUGGUUGAUGCACCAUGUUCAAGGAUUGGUCACAUCUAUCGAAAGUUUGCUCCUUUUCCAAAUCCAGGCAUAGGAGAUUUUGUAGGCAGGAAUUAUAAGCGAGUAGCUGAAGUUUGGAUGGAUGAAUAUAAAGAGUACCUUUACAAACGUCGGCCUCAUUAUCGUAAUAUUGAUCCAGGAAAUAUUUCUAAACAGAAAGCUUUGAGAGAGAAACUAAAAUGUAAGCCUUUCAAAUGGUUCUUGGAAAAUGUUGCCUUUGACCAACCAAAGAAGUAUCCUCCUGUGGAACCACCGGACUAUGCAAAAGGAGAAAUUCGAAAUGCUGGAAGUAAUUUGUGCAUUGAUACUCGAUUUCGGGGACAGAAUGAAAGAUUUAAUCUUGAAAAAUGUAUAAAGGACAAUAAUAACCAAGGUGGAGAACAGCAAUUUGUCCUCACUUGGCAUAAAGAUAUCCGUCCAGCCAAAAGAAGUGUUUGUUUUGAUGUCUCCGGCUCAGAAUCGCAUGCACCUGUUGUUCUGUGGAAUUGCCAUGGCAUGCAAGGAAACCAACUUUGGAAGUAUGAUUUGAACAGUCAACAUCUAUUACAUCCUAUCACUGGGAACUGUCUGGAUUGUGAUAGUGAACGUCAAGAACUAUUCAUGAGUCCCUGUGAGACAUCCAGUCAAAAUCAAAAAUGGAAAUUUGAGUUUGUUAAUGUUUCUGCACUGGCAAAUUGGUGAAAUAAUCAUAUCAUAGCAAAGUUAAUGGUUAUUAUCCAUAACUGAGAGCUUUGAAUUAUCUCAUGGCAGAAGUUGUGAUAAUACUUUUACUGUAAAUUUAGCUUCAACUGAGAUUUUAUGAGAGGUGUCCAAAAAUUUUGUGGCCAACCUAUAAAGAAAAGAGACACUUGUUGAACUAUGAUUUAUUUUUUAACAUAAUCUAUUCCUGAAUCUAUACACUUGCACUAGUGAUGCUCUAAGACCUUUAUGCCCUUCUGAAAGUACUGUUCUUCUUUGUCCUUAAUCCAUGACUGGACAGUAUGUACAAGAUCAUCAUCAUCACUCUAAAAUCUUUGCCUUUUAGAAAGAUUUUAAGGUUAGGGAAGAGAAAAAAGUCACUUGGAGCUAAAUCCAGUGAGUAAAGGGGUGAUUGAGUAAUUUGUGGCCAGCAUCAUGGAUAGCAUUCAAAGCAACUUGCGAUUUGUGAGCUGGGGCAUUGUCGUGAUGGAAGAGCACACCUUUUUUGAGCAAUCCUCUUCUCUUUUCUUUGAUUUAUUGAUGUAAGCUGUUGAUUAAAGAUGCAACGGGUUGAACCCUUUCAAAAUAAUCAACUAGUAAAACACCGUUGGCAUCCUAAAACUUGAUGCCAUGACCUUCUCAGCAGGGGGUUGUGACUUUAACUUUUUUGGGUGAGUGAACUUUGGUAUUUGCAUUGCAAACUUUGUAUUUUUAUCACUGGAUUGAGGUGAUGAACUCAUGUUUCACCCAUAGCUACAAAUCUACUGAAACCUUUGGAGUAGGCAUUAGCUUUCAUCAAUUCAGAUCCAUUUCUGCUCAUAUGACAUUUUUGGAAUCCAUUUGGCACUAAACUUACUCAUACCCAAACUGUCAUUCAAAGUGCUUGAUGCAGUACUGUUGUGAAUUCCCACUUCCUCUGCUGUCUUUCUAACAGUAAUUCUUCUAAUAUAUAUAUUAUGAAAUCAUGAACUUUAUCUACAAUUUUUGUUGUGAUCGAUGUCAAUGGCCGACCUGACCUUGAAUCAUCUUUACAUGUUUGUCUACUGUGCUUAAACUCAGCACACCACUUUUACACUGUUGAAUCUGCCGGAGCACCCACUGCUAAUUUUGCAUCCAUGUCCUGGUGAAAUUCUUGCGGUGUCAUUUUCUUUUUAACAAAAUAUUUGAUCAUGGCACGAAGUUCAAUCUUCUUCAUGGUGUUUAACACUGCUCAAUUCUUUCAUUCAAAAAGCUGCAAUACACAAAAUAAGCUUGUUAAGUUACAUGUUGCAUUUUGUUUACUCAUAAAAAGAUUCAAACUUAAUAUUUAUCAGAAAAACUUACAUUCCAGUUUUUUUUUAUGUCGGGCCAUGAACUUUUUGGACAACCCUCAUAUUGUUCUUUUUUAUUUAUGCUUCUAUCGUUUAUAAAGCAUACCUUAAAGAAACGUUUUAUAGAUUUUGUAACACCAGUUAAGGUACAUAAUUAUUGAGUUGAGGUUUUAUUACAAAAUGGGGGCAAUUAAAAAGUAUAAUUAUGAUUCACUCCAUAAAAGUAUUUCACUUCAUUGUAAGCUGCACUUCCAAUUGUCUUAAUCGUUUCAUUGUCAGAAUUAUAUGUAUUUAUUUUUUUAGACUUCUUUGCUUUUGUUCCAUGGUAUAUGUCUGUAAAAUUUCAGUUUUACAGAUAACACAUAGAUGAUCUUAAAAACGUCUGUGACUCAAUCAACAGUGUGUACACUUAUAACUGUGCUUGAUAUUUCUUUCUAUUCCUUAAUAAAUAUUAACCUUCUCACACCUUUACAACAAUAAAAGUAAAGAUUUUCUCUUGAAUGUUGUUCUGCAGUACUGGUUUGUAAUUUAUAUUUGAAUAAUACUGUAUCUUAAAGUUUUUGGACAGGGCUAUUCUUAUAAAUCAGUGAAAUAGUUCUCUGCUGUUAAACACACACAUACACAUAAAUUCUAAAUUAGGUUUUUCUUUUUGUACUGGUUUGUAAAAGUUAUAAUUCUAACAUAUUCCAUGUUAUACUGAGCUUAGAUGUUAUCUUUUAAAGAUAUGUAUAUAUAAUUUCUGUGUUUGUUACUGCUGUUUUCACUUAAUGUCAGUGACGAUUGACUUUGCCGAGCUUGCCUUACAUGUAUGAAACUAACUUUUUAACACAGCUUUGUGGAAAAUCUCUUCAAACUUUAGUAUAAUUUUUGUUUAAUUUAUCAUGCCUGGAGAUUCAUGGAAACAAAACAUAAUCUUUAAAAAUUUUUUCUUUUAUAAACUUAUAUUCCUUUCAUAUUGAGAAAAUAUAGUUAAACAUCUGAGCUAAAUUUGGAUGCUCUUUUUUCUUGCAAAGCACCAAAAAACUAACCAAUUCUAAAGAUGUUCUUAAUGCUAUUGAAGUCAGUGAAUGUAUUACUUAUUUCAUAGGGCACUUAGCUUCCUUCAUUCUUUGAGAAUGAGCAAGGCUAUUUUGAUGAAUAGCUAAUAUUUAUUUGUAAUUGUUUCAUUACUACUUCAGUUGUUAUUGCAUGUA